AUGAAUUUGUUAGUCUCAAAUGCAAUUAAGGCUAGACAUUUGCCAAAUAUUCGCAAAUCUAAAAACCAGUUGACUGAAGAAUUGAAAGUUUUAAAUAAUAAGAGUCCAGUUCAGCCACAUAGUCAGUCUUCUGAAAAUACUGAAAUGGAUCGUUUUAUCCCAAAGCAAGAAGAUACUAAAGAUUAUGUUGCUUUAAGAUCAUUUAAAUUUGAAUGGCUCAGCCAGUUUUCUUGGUUAGCUUAUUCUAGCAAAGAAGAUGGAGCUUACUGUCUUCCUUGUACUUUGCUAGGUGCUAGUAUUCCAAAUAAGUCUAGAAUAUUAAAUUUAGUUUUCAAGCCCCAUCAAGAGUGGGGUAAUGCUGUUCGUGAUUAUAGAAAACAUGAGGAAAGUUGUGUUUUAGAUGAAAAACCUAUGCUUUUAUUUAAUGCAUUGCUUUCACGUUGCAACUCCAAAAAUAAUGUUAUUGAGGUUGAUUUAAAUAAUUCUCGUUUGAAACUUCUUUCUGAUAACCAAAAAAAAUUAGUUCCAAUAAUUAAAACAAUAAUAUUUCUUGGUAGAAACGAUCUAGCAUUUCGUGAUGCUAGCAAAUAUCAUCCUGAUAUUGGGGAAUCUUCUACACAAAAAGUUGGAAUUGGUAACUUCAUAAAGCUUUUAAAUUUUUGUGUUGAUGCUGAAUUUAGACUUGAUAUUCAAAAUUGUAGAGGCCAAGGGUAUGACAGUGCGGGUUUUAUGGCAGGUAAAUAUGAAGGAGUUGCUUCUCAAAUAAAAGCUCUUAAUCAUAAAGCUAUAUUUGUUCAUUGUGCAAGCCAUAGACUUAGUUUAGUAGUAGCAGCUGCAUGCCAAGUUCAAAAAAGGAGAUGGGGUUAA